AUGGGUAGCCGGGGCUCGAUGAAUCACCGGCUGCCAUCGUCGUCUUCUAGAUUCGGUAGCCGGGUUUCGUUCUUGAUGCUUUCAAUGUUUGCUACCAUGGCUUCCGUUUAUGUAGCGGGAAGAUUGUGGCAGGACGCGGAGAACCGAGUUAAUUUGGUUAACGAGCUUGAUAAGAGAACUGGCCAGGGAAAGUCUUCUGUAUCUGUUAAAGGCACAUUAAAAAUCAUUGCCUGCAGGGAAAAUCAGAAGAAGUUAGAUGCUCUUCAUGUGGAUCUUGAAAAGGCUAAGCAGGAAGGAUUUGUGACUAAGCAUCUAACCGAUGGGACUUCAAAGAAAAAACUUUUGGCUGUAAUAGGGAUAAUAACAAUGUUUGGACGCAAGAACAACCGAGAUGCAAUUCGAAAGGCCUGGAUGCCUACUGGUAUUCGUUCGUGCAUGAAUAACUUGUCACUUUUUCAUUUCUUGUGA